CUCGCAUCGAAAUGACGAAAAUUGUCGCGUAUCUAAUUUUUGUAGUGUUUUAUUUUUUAAUCUUUAACGAUAAUUUAAAAAUGGAUUCUAACAUUGACUAGUUGCAAUGUAGUAUUAUUUUGAAUAUUCAGAUUUAUACGAUGUCUGACAAUAUCGAGCAACCGCCGACAAAAAAGAAGAAAACAAAUGAUUUAAGGUGCUGUAAAUGUAAUUUUUUACUUCGUAGAACAGCGAUAUCUAAAGCAAAACAUUUCAGUUCACGACAAGAAGCUGCCAACUUCUCUAAAAAUUAUAACUGUCAUGUAGAGGCGGAUGACGCUCUUUGUCAGUCGUUUUAUAGUGGUUAAGGACGUGGAAAAAGUAAACAAAAUAAAUUGGAAUCAGAGCAGAUGGAAAUAGCAAGCACUUCUAACGUUUUUAGUUUAAUCAGUGGAGAAGAUGAUCAUAAAAAUACUUCAGAAAUUUUUUCAAAUUCUUCUUUCACGGAAGCUGCACAGGAUCUUUUAAAAACUAGAAAUUAGAACGUUGAUACUUUAUCGUCAAAAACCCAGUCAUUAAUUACACCUGAAAGUCAGACCAGUGAAAUUGUAUCUACAAGCAGCCAGUCGACUGGCACACCUUAUAUUCAGUAUUCUGAAUAUACUAUUUCUGAUCAGAUUCAUAAAACAGACGAGACUUUGGUUUUACCAAUUAAUAGAGUGUGCGCUACGAAGGCCUGCUGUUUCAUUUGUAAAAAAACGGAAGGUAUCAUCGACGUGCCAUUUGAAGCUCGUCUGCAAGUUUUUGAAAAAAUGAAUUUAUUCAUUCCUAAACGAAAUCGAUGUUGUUCUGAACACAUUAUUAAGAAGAGAUUUUAUGAGGAAGAAUUUUCGAAUAUGUUAGUCGUUUCCACAGAGUCCGAAAUCGAUGUUGACGAAUUUAAAAAAUUCAUAAACCAAUUAUCAAAUAAAGUAGAUGCUCGAUUCCACCAUAAAAUUGGUGAAUACGCAAUAUCUGAAGAACGUUUGAAGGUUCUUACUGGUCACACUUGGGACGAUGUAUCCGUGCUUCAAAAUAUGUUAAAAGGACAUAUGAGAACGUCAUCUAAUCGAAAUAUUAUGCAAGCAAUUGUAAUUUUUCUAUUUAAACUACGAUCUGGAAAUUCCGACGCUUUAAUUGCUGUUAUUUUAGAUAUACAGGAAGAAAUUGUACGCGAUUCUAUACAUUCUGCCCUAAAAUGUUUUCGAGAACACGUGCUCCCAAAAUAUUUUGGAGUUGAUGCCAAAACCAGAGAAUUUUAUUUGAGUCAGACUGUCGAAGUCGUGAAAAUGUUGCACGAUUUAGACGACGAUUUAUUGGUGUGUAUUUGUGACGGUACAUAUUUAAGACAUCAGAAAAGUUCAAACAACAUUUAUCAAAGGCUCUCGUACUCCGGGCAAAAAAAUGUCCGUUGUGUAAGCCGUUUACAAUCUGUACUACAAAUGGUUUUGUAAUUGAACUUCGAAGUCCUUUUGAAGGUAACCUUAACGACGCUAAAAUUCUAGAACACAUGUUGAACGAUCCUCAUGGAAUUUCAACCAUCUUGAAAAAAGGUGACAUUUUCGUAUUGGACAGAGGAUUCAGAGAUGUAGUGUCGAAAUUGGAAGAAAGAGGUUAUAAAGUAUUAAUGCCUGCUUUGAAAGGCAAUCGCAAUCAAUUGACAACGGAAGAAUCCAAUUUUUUACGAUUUGUGACAAAAAUUCUUUGGGUAGUAGAGGUUGUGCAUGGCAUAAUUGCACAAAAGUAUAAGCUCCUUCACCAUCAAUUCAAUAAUCGGUUGUUACCAGAUGCCGGCACUUAUUGCAAAGUAGCUAAUCUUCUUUAUAAUUUAUUUGGAAAACGCCUUAAUUGCGAUUCGGAAAAAUUAAGCGAUAUAAUUGCGAGAAUGAAAUCGAACAGAAACACAACUAACAGCUUGGCCGAGAAAGUUUAUAAUGAAAAUUUGAAUAGAAAAUCUGUCUCGUUUCAAGUGCUAUCUUCACGAGAUUUAUUAGAUUUUCCAGAGAUAACAACUGAUGAUUUAAAGAUUUAUUUUGGUAGAUCUUAUCAAUUGUCACAAGCAAUUUCAUAUUUAGGAGAAAUGGUUGAAGAAGAUAACUCGCUGAAAUUGAGUUUUUUGAAAGACGAACCUGAAAUAGUUAAAUUCGAAGUAAAAUCGCGUCAUAUGAACAGAAAAACUUAUAAGUGUUACAUCAAAUAUAAUGCUAAUGAGAUCGGGAUUGAUGCUAUAAAAGGUCAUUGUUGCAACUGCGCCAAUGGUUUAAGAACAGUUGGAUGUUGUUCUCACGUCGCACGCUCUGAUUUAUCAUUUAUCAUAUGGACGAUUUUUGUCGAAAGUUUUUAGACCAGCUGAAGUGCUAACUAAUCUCCUUGACAUCGAUAACGUCUGCCCAAAAAUAAACGAUGAUAGCGAUGAAGAUUAGAAACGGUAACAGAGAUUUAGUGUCAUUACUCUACUGCGAUA